ACAAAGCACAAUGUCCACACAAAUUGAACCAAAGACCCAUUACGGAUUCCCACAAACCCUCUCCUUUCGGCGGCUCCAUAAGGACGAUCCUUAGAAAGAGCUAUCCACCGAAGAAGUUCCCAUUGGCGCGUCUGUAGCCUCCUAGUAUGGCUGCCCUCGAAGAGCUUCAAGCAGGUCUACUUAAGGAGUACUCACAGAAUCUUGAUUCAUCCACUGUGCUCGCAAUUCUCUCAGACUACAACCUCUCCAAUUCAACCGAAUUAGAAGCCGCAACGCAGCUAUUGAGUGCUCUUAGUUCUGAAGUUGCAACCGAAGAGACGACUGGCUUUGAUCCCAGUGGUGCUAGUGGGUUGGGCUUGUUUACGAAUGACGUUGAAAGUGGUAGAGAUGGGGAAAGUGCUAGUGGGAGGAGCCAACAAGGAUGGAAGAGCCAGACAGAUGACACAUCCCUAAGCCAAGAACUAUCAGUGUUGGGUUUGGAAGGCCUCGAGUUUUCGGAUAACGGCGGAGUAAAAAGCAGGGAAGAAAGCCCAGAGAAACCCUACCCCAGCAGUAUCGAUAGCUUGGAUGCGGAGGGCCAAGAAGCGGCCUUGAUAGCCAUAUUUCCUGCAUUAAAAGCUUUCGAUGUCCAAUGGACUCUGAAAAAGUGCAAGGGGGAUACAGGACAGGCUAUUGAUGAGCUCAUGACACAGUCGUUCCUCGAAGAGAGCGGAAGCCGACAUCGAGGAAUUGAGGCAUUCUCCGAGAGCGAACUUCCCUCCCGACGACGAAAGGGUAAAGGGAAUAAGAGAUGGGGCCGAAAGACGGAUAACAAUCCCGCAGAUCCGGCUUCGCUUGUACAAAGCAAAUGGGACACUGGAAGGCAAGACGUCGAGUUUAUUGCUACCAAUACCGGAAUGCCGAUGCAACAAGCCGCUUCCAUCUAUCACAAGAAUGGAGCCUCAGUUCGCACAACGAUAGCGGCAAUCAUCGGCGCCCACGCUUCUAUGGAAAUGGAAUCAGACGACCCAAAAAUCCAGAUCAAUGCCUCGGAACUCAGACAAGACUUUCCAUCCGUCUCGACUUCUGAUCUGGAGAUUCUCGUGCAGAUCACACACCCCUCGAUAAACAAUGCACGCGAGCUUGCUAAAGCUCUUAGCUCUCGCCCCGUUGCCAACAAGCCACCAAUCCAAUUUGAGUUCCGGCACGCACCAGUCGAACUUGGUUCAGAGCCUUCAAAUUCUAAAAUUAAGGUUUCCAAUGGAAUACAUAAUGAGGGAGCAGUGCCUCCUGCAGCACUUGCAUCGACCUAUAUCCAAGCCCGAGAUACGGCUUUUAUCAAAGCUCAUGCAGCGUUCCGGAAAGGAAAAUCGGAUCCAUUGAUGGGCGGUGCUGCAGCUUAUUACUCUCAGGUAGGACGGGAGAACGACGCUAAAGCCAAGAGUGCGGAGAGUGCUGCGGCAGAUGCCCUAAUCUCGACGCAAACUUCUCGAACCGAGCUCGAUUUGCAUGGCCUUAAUGUUAAGGACGCGGUGAGAAUCAGCAGGGAGAAGGUCACCGCUUGGUGGCACGAAGGUGGUGAACAGAGAUUAGGUACGAGGGGCAUCGGCCCCGAGUAUGCGAUAAUUACAGGCAAGGGAAAUCAUAGCGAGGGAAGAGGGAGACUAGGCCCUGCUGUGGGGAAGAUGCUUAUUAGAGAGGGGUGGAAGGUUGAGGUUAGGGGCGGAAAUGGCGGGCGGCUAGUAGUGACAGGUGUUGCUAAGAAAAGAUGAUUCGAGCUUACUGAUUUCAGGAUGUGGCAUUUCUUGGCGUUGCAUUUCGGGUGUUUUUGCGGUGCACAUGAUGGGUAGGAGUAUGUGGAGUUGUGUAAGUGGCGGGGAUUUCAUGAUUUGUUUGGAUAGAGAAAGCUCCAUAAGAGAGAUAUAGAGACCUUGUGAAUAGAACUUGAUGUUACAGGAAUACACGCGGUUUAAUGGCCACGAACACCGAGAGUAUGACGCAAAGCUACUAAAAAAAUGAUAUCUUGACAGU